AUGAGGCUACCACGAAAAAUACAACUCCGAAUCGUUGAGCUAGCAAUCCCACAGAAGGUUACACCACGCCUACUAAAUCGACCUAAAGACAGACGAAGAUAUUCAAGAGUACAGUCGACAUGGGAAGAUUCAGUCCUGGCACUCAAGUUGUCAUCCCGAAUGAUGCACAAGUUAGCCGUCGCUGAGCAAAACGUCCAGGGAGUUGUCGACCAGCGUGUUACAUUACGAAUGAACCUGGACAUUGACACACUGCGAGUAUUCGACAUGAGUCUCCCAGACUUUCUCACUGCCAAUGGUGUAUCUGCGCUUCCCGUACGAAAGCUGCUCUCGAUUUCGAAGAUAUCCGCCGAGGAUUGUGGCACUUUACAUGAUCCUAUGUGGCGUUGCAAAAUCCCUAUUGGCAAAGCCCUGGAUCUUGAGAAGCUCCCAAAGCUCGAUGAAUUCUCUGUCAUAUUACCCAGUGUUCCUGAGAGUUGGAUGAUAGAGGAUCUUCCCCGUGUCAAAGCUCAGACUGACGUCUCAGGUGCAGCUCAUACUGGCAUCAAAUGGCAAUUCAACACUGGUCUGUAUCCAGUACCCCGCUGGGAAGGACAACUCCAUGACAGCCACUUCAACGGCUCAGAGAUACCAUCCAUACAUCCGAAUGCUCCUAUUCCCGACGAAGCCAUACCAUAUGUGGGUAAAUGGGGAUAUGAGCGCAGUCCUGGGGCCGUUGGAGGCUAUUGGGCCAGCUUCCAGUACUUCGAAAAGACCAGGGAUGUAUACUUGGCCCAUCUUUCAUGGAAGGAAGUUGAGUCUCUAGUUAAGGGUCCCUUUGGAAAAAAUGGACGCGAAGCCAUUUACGAAGACCAUACGCCGAGGUUUGUGGCAAAGCUCCAAAUUAUCCGGCAGGGAACCAUUCCCCCCCCCCCCUACUGGAUGGAUCAAAGUGGAGCAAUUACGCCGAGAUGA